UGCUGUUUUAGACUGAAAAGUAUUACAUAACUAAUUAACGCUGCUUAUUUUAAAAUCUACUCCACGUAUUUUUAAGACUUUUUGGGCAAUAUAAGCUAAAUUUCUACGACAAAGAAAAAAUGGAAAAAGGAAAAUGUAUGCACCAUAAUUUUUAUUUUUUUACAUAUAAUAUUUAAAUUUUUUCUAUUCUGCUUAUAUUCAUAGGCAUUUUAAAAUGAAAUCAAGUAUUCCAUUCAAAAUAAAACGGAGUGUGAAGUAAAUAUAUGAAAUAUGAUUGAAUGUGUGAAACAACUUUGUAUGUAUUUUUAUAAAAAAAAAUCAUUCAUUCAAGCGAGUUUCGUACGUACGCACUUAAAUUCCCACUCAUCAGCCAGCACCCAGCAGCUUUACAAAAAUAACAACAAAUUGGGAAGAAAGCAAGCAUAAAAUAAAUAAGAAAAUCGACGUUAAAACCAGCUAAAUCAAGUAAAGAGUAAUGAAUAGCUGUGCAUAAACAAUAUUAGACAACAAAGCCGCCGGAGUCAAAACACCAAUAAAGCAGGUAUUGAAAAGGUGCGUAGUAAAUCUUAUAAGCGCGAGUGAGAAAUCAUAAAAGUAAUUUGUAAUAAAUAAGCAAAGAUACAUGCGACGGAGAUCAAGCUACAUUUAUGCGACUUUUAUGACAGAAAAGCCACUAUGCAUUACCCCCCUCUGUGGGAGGUCAGGGGAAGCAGUUGAAAGAGCGCAAGAGACGUUGAAUACUCAAGAUGUCCAAUGCAAGAGUUCGAGAAUGAAAUAGAGCCAAACGCUUGAAAUAUGUCAAAUAUGAUUAGUCAUGAGAAUUAGCAUUUUCUCGCUGCUUUAGAACCUAUGAAAAUACAACCCUGCUUUUCAACAGAAUUUUAACAUUGGAAAUACGUCACCUAACCUUAAAUUAGAGAACAUGACGCAGCAUUAAUUUGUUCGAAAGGAAUAUGAAAAAACCGAAGUAAUAUCGAACUCCACUCGAGACAAUCGAACCUUUAGGCACUAGUUCUUUAAUUUAGGAACUUAAGAUGGAAAAAUAUUUAAGACACGGCUCCACAAUUUCACUCUAGAUUCAAAUAGACAGACAUCGGUCUAGACUUCAGGCAAUGAAUCCAAGGAUUGAAAUGACACAACAGUCAGUUGACAAAGGCAUUUUUAUUUUGAAAUAAUAAAGCGUUUUUGGAAAGUAAGAAGACAGAAAACGGCUAAAGAGAAAAUGUCGCGAAUCUAUGGCAAAUGACACGGAUUCACCAUAUCCUACGAAACUCUUUUACCUGUUAUCAGAUCUUAAAACGAUGCUAAGUGGUAAAAUGCUUCUUAUGAAAAUAACAACAAUGAAAGGGAAAUUCUUAAAUAUUCGUGAUCUUUUGAGACGAAAAACACAUUAUUUUAUCUAAAAUUUAUAUCGUCCAGUUGGAUGAUCACGAUCUUUUCCAAUGUUUUUAAAAAUAAAAUCGAAUUUUGAUCAAAAAAGAGUUCCAAGGAGUUUCGGUACGAAACAGAUAUCUUUACUGUCGAAAAAAUUCCGAAAUGUUUCGAAUAAAGAUUAUCAAUAGAACAUAGGUCUCUUUCAGAUGAUAUUUCGCGCAAAAUUCAUCGUUGUUUCUUAUUUGAUUUUCGUUAUUUAUACUUUCUAAAAAUUAAUUCAGUAUAAAAUAUAUAGAUUGAUACUAUCUGAUUAUUGAUCUAUAUAUUUUAUACUGAAAAGAUUGAUUGUUUGUGUUCCGAAAUACUAUCAAGGACUUCGGAGACAAGAAACAUCACCAAUGUAAUGAAAAAAAAGUUCCGAUCAUCCGUAUGUGAUCCAAAUAUUGUGUUCUAUGGAGAGUGACUAUCUGAGAAGGAUAUUCAGUGAUCUUUGUGAACUUAAAAACACCGAAAACAGGCAUCUUGGGUCAAAAACAUUUUGGAUCCACUUCCAAAUGUGAAGACCGUAGCGGAUAUUUCUAAUUUUUCCGAUGAAACUAUUCCAAGAAAAAUACACUAAUACGGCUACAUUGUGACCACCAAUAACUCGGCACAGCUGACAUACUUUCAGCCGUCGUAAACAACUCAAAACCCAUUAAAAAGAGAUAUUUCAGAAAAAAAUAUCGAUGUCAUGGCUUUACGGUGAAUAUUUCAAUAACGUUUCGAAAUAAGAUUGAUUUCUGAAAAAAUGGGGAAAAAACUCUCUAAAGCACACCUGAAUAUUCGUGUGCGGUGCGAUGACUAAAUAAAGACGAAGCAGAAGAAGAAUACGAAAAAAACAGCAGCGAAAGAAAGCAAAGGUGGGCGACUGCAUGUGGAGACACAGUCAGAACUACAGCGUAGAACAAAAUUACAACACCAGCAACACUUAAAUACGAGCGCUCGCCCACACGCUGAAGCAAAAAAAAAACCGAAAAAAGAACAAAAACAGCUUACAACAACAACAAUAUUUUUUCGUUUAUUUAUUUACGUUCCACAUUUCUGGGUCAAUUUUGACAGUUUGCUUUUGCAGCAAGAACAAAUAAGGGGGAAAUACAAAUACAAACACAAAUACGCGUAUGCAUGCUGCGAUCAGCAACAACAGCAACAACAAAAAAUACAACAACAACGAGAAGAUAACGAGCGCGCUACAAAAACGUGCUGCUGCCUGACAACGAGCAAAGUUGCCAAGAACUUGAAAAGCUGCUUAAGCGAUGGAACCAAAGCCAGAAUGAAUAAAAAUAAAUAAAAAAAACGGAAAAUAACAACAACAAACCAUAAGCGUGUGUGAACGAUAACGUAGAGUUCUUAACACAAAAAAAAAAAUUAAGAAAAACUGGAAAAUUGUUGGAAAAACUGUGAAAAUAAAGGUGUUGUUGAGUGACAGCAAGAUCAUGAGUACAACAAUAAAAGCUAAAGUUGUUGCAGCUACUUAUAUAUAAUAUAUACAUAUGUAAGUAUGUAUAUGCUUGUGAAAGAAAGCAACAGUAGUGCGACCAAAGCAUUCUAGACUGCAUUAACAGAAUGAAAGCACCGCACGCUGUCACUUUAAGUGGAGCAUUUCACGUCGAAUUAGGCAAUCGACGCAUAUCCAAAAAGUCACGACACAGCAUAUUGUUGUGUAUUUAUAUUUUACUUUUCCAAUGUUUUUAUUGUUGUUUUUUUUCUGUCGAAAAAUAGCCAUCAAAAUGACAAAUUGUUCUAAAGUGUAGAAUUUGAACGCUAGUCACUUCAACAAUUACAAUAACAAUAAUAUGUUGGGAACAACAACAAAUGUUGCUAUGAAACUGGGCCAAAUGUGACACUUCACACGAAGAAUUAUUGACAUUUUUUGUUGUUGUUGUUUGGCUGACUGAUCACUUAAGCGCGGGUAUAUACAGAUCUAUGCACAUGGAUAUCUAAAUACAUAUACAUAUUAAUAUAUACAUACAUAUGUUCAUAGAAAUCAUUCUAUAUGCAUCUCUAUAUACGCAUUAAUCGCUCACCCACUGCGCUGUCUGAAUCCCAAACUUUCUUGCAGAGUGUCGAUUGCAACAUGCUGGAAUUUCUUCCUAUACUUUCAUACAAACCGACUUCCUCUAUAUAAAACACCACGCGUUUAAGGCUGAUUUUAAAGCAUUUAAAGAUUAUUCGGAGUUUAGUGAAAGAAAUAAUGCUAAUUAUAAAGAUACUAAAACUGAAAAUUCUAACAAUGAAUACCACAAAUUAAUUUUUGUUGACUAAUUUUAAUAAUUUGAUACUAAAAAAUUUUCGAAGUUAAUUUCGAAAAUUCGAAAUUAAAGAAAAAACUAUUUUUCGCAUCGUUAAAAUUAGUUUUGCUUACUAAAAUUAAUUCUUAAGCUUUUAUUUUGUAUUUGCGAAAUUGUGAAACCAUUUUCGAAUCAAGAGCAUCCAAGUAAUGGUGUUUACAAUGCUUUUUCAAUGAAAGUGUGAUAAGAGAAGACUAUAUCCAAAACACUGAUUCUUCACACAAAUACCAAUUCUUCUUAUCUAAAUAUAGUUUUUUUAAUACGUUGCUUAGCACCUUUUUUAAACUUACCCCACAAAAGCCAUUAACCUAAUUUUCUACAAAUUAUACACAUUAGUAGUUGUUGGUAGCAUAGGCUCGUUAAUAAAAGCGCCAGACAAAGUAUUUAAUAUAAACAAAGGCAUAUAUUAGGGAUAGAAAAGCAUUAAUGGACAUAAAAAUAAUGGAGAUAGAAGGAAGGCAAAAAAUGCUUGUUCGAAAAUUUAAAAUAAAAAAACUAAAACAAAAUAGGUAAUAAAAGAAAUUUGAUAAAGUUUUAUGUAUUUUUUAAUGUUAAAUACAUAUGUAUGUAUGUUUUUGACUAUAGAAAGUAUAAGUGGUAAAAAAAAGAACGUAUAAAGAAUAGCUAAUUUGAAACUGUGUUAUCAGAAUUUAAAUUUACGUUCAAACGAACAAAUUUCCGAAUAUUUAAAAAAAUUAUAAUUUAUAAUGUUCAGUAUGAACAAAAAACUUAUUUUCGGCAAUUAAAUAUUUUUCGAACUUUAAUAUCAAAAAAUUCGAAAUUCCCAAUAUUUCAUAAAAUUAAAAAAAUUAAAAGUCAUACAAAUAUUUGAGAAACGCAAAUAAUUUUAAAGAAUUUUGAAUCUUCGAAUACCAUGACCGUAGCUUCUAAAAAUAGGUUUUUAUACAAUUUAGUUAUCCUCUGAUAAGUACUAUUGUCGUACAAUGUGCAAUGCUACACAUAACCGCCAAAGUUUGAUUUUAGACCAUCGGUAGACCUACUAUUAAAAUUCGACAAUUUCGAAUAUAUAGGAAAUAAAUUGGGCGAAUAUGGAUUAUGAUUACCGAAUUUUCCAUGAAUAACAUACAUAAGUACAUAUUUGCGAUGCGUACACAAUAAGAAAUGUUAAAAAAUUAAGUUCGAAAGUUAACUUCGAAACUUUCGAAAAUUAAAAUUGUGCAAAAAUAAAUAUAUUUUAGUGAAAUAUAAAUAUUGAAUUACGCCAAAUAUUGCUUGUAUGCAAUAACUUGGCUCGAAAUAUAAUUUCGAAAUUUUCGAUAAUGAAAAAUUCCAUUACAAAAUAAUUUUUUUCUCGUUUUCUUAUUUUUUUCUUUUUAAUUUAACUUUUGCUGCGCUUUUAAUAUAUAUAAUUGAAUUAAAAAUUUAACUUCGAAAUUUUCGAACAUACAUUUUUUUUAAUUUUUUGAGUUUGUAACAAUUAACACUUAAAGAAAUUAAACUUUUCUAAAAACCAAAUAUGUGUGCUGCUAAAAAAAUAUUGUCCUCUCAUUUUUCUGCUUUUGGCCCCUAGUCUACUUUCAGCGCACACACUUUUCAGCUGUUCCCAUUUCUUUCAAAUACCGAUCGCGCGUGCUAUUGACUUUGACAUAUGUUUUGAGUCAUCAAACAUACAUAUAUGCAUGUAUCUAUAUACUUAUUUAUCAUAUACAUACAUAUAUAUGUACAUAUAUCAUAGAUGCGCUGUGUUCAUAAUGUUCGAAUGUAGGUCUCAUAUGCUCAUGCUACAUAAACAGCUGUGUCUACUAAAAACUACUUCAAAAUACAUAUUUAUGUGGAAAUAUACAUAUGUAUAUCAGCGAAAACGCAUGCACUCGCAUACAUAUUUCGCCUUUUAUGCCUACACCGCGUAUACGCAAUCAACGCUGUAAAUGGUAUCCCUGGAUACUAAUCAAGUUGAAGGUUUACUUUUGUUUAUACGCUGCUGCCCGCUAUCAGAGCAGAGGAAAGUGGUAACAAAAAAAAAAGGAAUACACCUUGUAUGUAUAACUGUAUAUAUUAAUGCUUGUAUGUUUGUAUGUCAAAAUGAUGCCUAAUUGACUCGGGCUACAUAAGUACCACAACAUAUGCACAUACAAGCAUCGAAAAAGCAAAUAAAAUUUCGAAAAUGUUUGUUUCUUUCCAUACGCUUUGCUGUUGAAUUCAAACAUUUAUUUGUUUUUAACUUUUUUUUCUACAAUUCUAAUGAAACAAGCGUUUCGUGAGCAGUUCUUUCUAAUCUUAUCGUUUCGCACUUGGUAGGAAUAUGCUUUCAACAACAACAUUGCCUAGCAAUAUCAGCGUGUUGCCGCAAUCAUCAUCAUCAGCAGCAGCGGUGGUGCUUAAGUUUUUCAGUUGAUUUUUUGAAUUUAGGUCAAAUGAUUAGUAUUUUUGUUUGGGUUUAUUUUUGUUUUCGAUUAUUUUUUUUUUGUAUUCAAACAAAUUUUGUAUAUAAAAAUUUUACGGUGCGUUUUUAUUUGGUUUAUUUGCUUUUUUAUUGUAAACAAAUAUUAAUUUGUUUUUGUGCCCUCAGGACAGCUGCUUAAUUUAUAUGCAUUUGAUCUGGCUAAAUAGCAUUUCUGCUUUGAAUUUUUCGUAGUAGUAUUCAAUAUUCUGAAGCAUAAAAUAUGUUUAAUAAUUAAUUCACAAAUAGUUUUUGGAGAAAAUAUUAAAUUAUAAAUAUGUAUAUAUUGAAUUAAUUAUAAACUACUGAAUUUCGAAUUUUCGAUAAUUAAGUUCGAAAGUGGUAUAAGUCUCCUCAAUAUCGCAUAUAAGGUUUUGUCGAGCGUAUUGUGUGAAAGACUAAAGCCCACCGUCAACGAACUGAUUGGACCUUAUCAGUGUGGCUUUAGACCUGGAAAAUCCACAAUGGACCAGAUAUUCACCAUGCGCCAAAUCUUGGAAAAGACCCGAGAGAGAAGAAUCGAUACUCACCAUCUUUUUAUCGAUUUUAAAGCUGCAUUCGAAGCACGAAAAGGAGCUGCUUUUAUACCGCGAUGUCUGAAUUUGGUAUCCCUGCGAAACUAAUACGGCUAUGUAAGCUGACGUUGAGCAACACCAAAAGCUCCGUCAGGAUCGGGAAGGACCUCUCCGAGCCGUUCGAUACCAAACGAGGCUUCAGACAGGGUGACUCACUAUCGUGCGACUUCUUCAAUCUAUUGCUGGAAAAAAUAAUACGAGCUGCAGAACUAAAUAGAGAGGGUACAAUCUUCUACAAGAGUGUACAGCUCCUGGCGUAUGCCGAUGAUAUUGAUAUCAUCGGAAGCAACAAUCGCGCCGUUUGUUCUGCGUUUUCCAGACUAGAUAAAGAAGCGAAGCGUAUGGGUCUGGUGGUGAAUGAGGACAAGACGAAAUAUCUCCUGUCAUCAAACAAACAGUCAGCGCACUCGCGUCUUGGCUCCCACGUCACUGUUGACAGUCAUAACUUUGAAGUUGUAGAUAAUUUCGUUUAUCUGGGAACCAGCAUUAACAACACCAACAAUGUCAGCCUUGAAAUCCAACGCAGAAUCACUCUUGCCAACAGGUGCUACUUUGGACUGAGUAGGCAAUUGAAAAGUAAAGUCCUCUCUCGACGAACCAAAAUCAAACUCUAUAAGUCGCUCAUUAUUCCCGUCCUGAUGUAUGGCGCUGAAGCGUGGACGAUGACAACAUCCGAUGAGACGACUCUUGGGGUUUUCGAGAGAAAGGUUUUGCGCAAGAUUUAUGGUCCUCUAAACAUUGGCAACGGCGAAUACCGCAGACGAUGGAACGAUGAGCUGUACGAUUUAUACGACGACAUUGACAUAGUUCAGCGAAUAAAAAGACAGCGGCUACGCUGGCUAGGUCAUGUUGUACGGAUGGAAGAAAACACUCCAGCUCUGAAAGUAUUCGAUGCAGUACCCGCUGGAGGAAGCCGCGGAAGAGGACGACCUCCAUUCCGGUGGAAAGACCAAGUGCAAAGUGACCUGGCUUCACUUGGUGUUUCCAGUUGGCGCCAAAAAGCAAAAAGGAGGAAUGAGUGGCGCGCUCUGGUGGAUUCGGCUAUAAUCGCUUAAAGCGGUUCCUACGCCAAAUAUAUAUAUAUAUAAGUUCGAACGUUUUUUAUGCUGUUAUUUUGUUAAAUAGCAAUAUGUAUUUAGAAAUUAUGUAAUUUUUAUAGUUUUGAUGAAUUUCGAAUUUUCGAACAUGAAGUUCGAAAGCCUUUUAUGUUGCUAAUUAUUGUUUGCUAACAAUAUUUGUGCAGAAAAUAUGUCAUAUUUAUGGUUUUAGUAUAUUUUGAGUUUUCUAACAUUAACUUCGAAAAUAUUAAAAAUGUAUUUUCAUAAAAAUUAAUUAUAUAAUGUAAAAUCAGGAUAUCUGAAAAAUACGUGAAACCUUUGAAAUGAGCAAUGUACAAUCUUCUAAAUUUAUAAAAAAAUAUAUAUAUUAUGACACAUUAUGUGAUAAAUUUAAUUGUUUAUGGAGAAAAAAAUUAAUUUGCGUAUACGCUCUGAUAAUUAAGUGAAUAUAUUGCCAAGAUCGUAUACAAGAUCGUUGAAAAACCUAAGUAAAAUUCAUCUGAAGCAUUUGUAAUUUUCGAACAUAAAUUUCGAAAAUUCGAAAAUUGUAAUUCAUAAAUAUUUUUUUUGUUAAAAUGGCGUUAAUCCAAUAAAAUUAUUUUUUUUUUUUAUAAUUUCGCAUACGAUUGUUUAUCUUUCGAACUUAUGUAAACUCCAUCUUCGACAUUUCGAAUUUGAUUUCGAUUUGCAACAGACGUGACUGAAUGCAAAAGUAUGCAUUACAUAAUACAUAUUAGCUCAAAUUUAUUAGUUUAUAAAUUAUUUCCCUUUCAGCGAAGAACUUGCUGAGCAACAUUUCAUGUAGCUUUGUUGUUUUAUUUUUUUCCUUCUUUGCAAUAGCAAUAUCCAUUAUGUAUUCUAUUA